AUGCCACCAACUCGGGCCAAAAAAGCGUGCACCACCUGUAACGGACGCCGGAUCCGCUGCAAUGUAAUGGACCAGCAACCAUGCGCUAACUGCGUGGCGUUGAAUACGCAUUGUGAGAUUGGGGUUUCGCGACGGGGGAAGUAUCCGCGGAAUAAGAUACGUCGAGGGACUCCACAGCAGCAGCAGGAACAUGUCCAACCUCAGAUUUCGACGCCUGUUUCUGCUUCGCCUGCGUAUUCAUGGAGAACCCCAGCGUCGGAGAGUCACGCGCAGAUAAACCAUGCCGAAAGGAUCGCCCUCAAGCCAUCACUAGCACACACCCAGCAAACCGUCUUCCUAGGAGAAUCCAGCCCUCUCACCUGUGUCAUCGACGAAGGACGCACCAGAUCUCCAGAUAAAGGCUACGCAAACGAGAUGUCAAAAGCAAGACUCCACUACCCGAUCCCAGAAAGACUAGACGCAAACAUCACCCGUGAGGAAACUCUCCGCGCACACAAGAGCACCAUGAAAGAACAGCUAACCCGCAACGGCGCCUUUUCAUUCCCCUCAAAGGAAAUCCGCGAGUCUCUCCUCCAGGCAUACUUUACCUGGUUCCACCCGUGCUUCCCAAUGCUCGACCGCAAAGUCAUUCAUGACACGUACAAGAACGAAACUAUAUCGCCCCUGCUCCUGCAAGCAAUGCUCUUCAUCGGAGUAAGUCUUUGUCCAGAUACCACUUUCGCGAAAACAGGCUUUCAAACGCGCUACCGCGCCAAGGUCCUGUUUCAUAGUCGGGCUAGGGCUAUCUACGACGCGGACUGGGAGUCGAAUAAGAUUACCAAGUUGCAGGCGCUGUUUCUGUUGAGCUUUUGGAGGGGUGGGCCGAAUGAAGAAAGGGAUACGAGGUUUUGGUUGGAGGUCGGGAUUUGUCUUGCGCAGAAGAGAGGGAUGCAUGUUAUGUCGAAAUUGUCGUUUCAGUCGGGUAGAGAGGAGAUGCUUUGGAAGAGGAUAUGGUGGGCUUAUUAUAUACGUGACCAACAAAGCUCCGCAGCGUUAGGGUUACCCGCGAGAAUCCGUGAUGAAGAUUGCGACAUUGCCAUGCUCGAGCCGAAGGAUAUACAAGAUGAGGAGAGAGUUGAGGAUCAAGAGGUCUUUGGGGUACAGCAUGCAGAACACAUUCCAUACCCAAUUGAGAUGGCAAAGCUGGCGCGGUUAUUACGCGCAAUCGUCUCGACACAAUAUCUACCAAGACAGCCCACUGCACACGGGAUAUCCCGCGAAACACUACAUUCCCAACUCACAGAAUGGGAAUCCCAUCUCCCAGCAGAAAUGAAACUAGAAAGCCAGUCCACCCCAAGCGCCAUCUUCCUAACCGGACUACUGCACAUGACAUACAACAACCUCUACAUCCUCCUCUACCGCCCCCUCUUCCUCCACCCCACCACCACCACCACAACCACCACAACCGAAACCCAAGGCACCAUCGCCCUCGAAGCCGCAACCCGCAGCACCCGCAUAAUCGAAGACAUGCUCUCGCACAACCUCGUCCAGCACGGCCCAAACCACCUAAUCACACACGCCUUCUCAACACUCUGCAUCCACACGAUAAACUGCUGCCGCACAACAGGGACGACAAGGAAACUGGCGGAACAUCGCGCGAGAUUGUGUCUGUUGGGGUUGCAGGAGUUGCAGAAGAGUUGGGAUUUGGAGAAUUGGGUGCUGGAUUUGUUUUUUCGGUGUUUGGAUGAGAGUACGGCGCAUUGUUUGAGGAGUGGGGAUACGUUGGUUUCGGAGAUGGGGAUGGGGCGGAGUCAUGGGGCUGCUAACUUGUCGAAUGGUAGUAUCGAGACGAAUGAUGCUACGGGCGCGAUUGCUGCAGAUAACUCGCAGCAAUGGCAGGACCCUAGUCCGGACCUUAUGGCACCGAAUGACUGGUACGGACUAUUUAACUUUACAGAUGAUUAUACAGAUGUCCUAGGGAUGAGUUCGCAGCCAGACUCGCUCAAUCUCCAGAGCUUGGAGUUUCUGUAUAGGUUUCUGUGA